AACCGCAAAAUGUCAACGGCUAUGAAUACUAGAGACGAAUAAUUCUGACAAAAAUGGAAGAAAAUCCGCCAAACGACAGAAAACAUUCUGCGAAAAGCACAUUUAAAGAUAUCCUCAUAAAUGCCAAUAAUGAUGACGUCAUCAUCCCUACUAGUUCCACGUUCGACAAAGUUGUAUUACAUAUAGGCAUUGGAAGCAGGUCCGGUGUUACCAUAGAAAAACCUCCUGUGAAAGAUGGUAAAAUGUUAAUUUCUUCAGUAGAAUUUGCAACCCGAAAAUUCAAGAAAAGCUUUUACAAAGGAGAUAACAAUGGUCUAGAUGCCACAGAAAAAGAGCGUGGAGACUUCCGGAGAACUGAGUCUGACGAAAAGUUCCGUAAAGACAUGCAAAAUGAAACAGACGUGGAAAGACUUUUGUCUCGACUUGCCAGCUCCUUUUAUAGCGAGGCUCCAUUGGAAUCUAAAAAUGACUCGACUGAAAACAUAGAUGACGAAUUGUCAGACACCGAUUCACUAGAGACAGUUGUGCACAGGAAGCCACCUGAUCCAAUGUCAAAUAGUGAAAUAAUUAACACAGUUAUUCAUUUAGAACCAGACCAGUUAAUGUCAGACCGAGAUACUUGCAAUGACACUCAAGAUACCAUUAUAGCAUCGGAUUCUGAUGAUGCAAGUAUGUACACAACAACAGAUGAUGAGCUGUCAUAUAUCAGCGAUACGCUUGAUGAUGUUUCAGAUAUUGAAUUAGAUGAUGACAUCGCAGACAUUAAGGGAUUAGAUGAUGACAUUGUAGCCAUUAAAGAAUUAGAUGAUGACAUCUUAGACAUCGAAGCGAUAGAUCUCCAAGAUCAAGAUGAAGUUGAUACUACAGCAACUAAGAAUGACAUUGCUGAUACAUCUACUUACGACAACGAAAUGUUUGACGAUGAUGAUAACCAGUUUGGCAUCUUGGAUGUCUACAUAAAGAGUGAUCUACACUUUGAUCUUAGCAAAAUGCCUGUUGCUGUGAAGCCUGACCAGACAGAAGACUUUGGAUAUAAAUUCUUUUCAUUCUCAACUUUCUUUUAAUAAUACAAUAAAUAUUUGAAAAAUUGAA